CUGUGUCGGUGCCGGGGCCGUUGGGGCAGAGAUCCGCCGCCCGGCCCCGCUGACCGCCUCUCCCCGCUGUCUCCCCCAGGAGAGCCCCGGGCGCGCCCCGCCGGUCCCGGCGCGGGGCGAGAAGGAGGGCGGCGCAAGAGAACCACGUUCAGCAAGGCACAGCUGGAGCUGCUGGUCCGCGCCUUCGAGAAGGAGCCAUACCCCGGCAUCGCCCUGCGGGAGCAGCUCUCCGACCUCACUGAGAUCCCCGAAUCCCGGAUCCAGGUGUGGUUCCAGAACAGGAGAGCCCGGCAGCUGAACCACAAGAAGAGCGAAGCCGCCGCCUACCCCAGGCCGGGCAAGGCAAAGCCGGCCCGGUGCGGCGGCCAGGAGCGGCCACGGGCGCCGCAGGGUCCUGGAGCGGAGCGGAGCCUCCUGUGCCCGCAGCCAGGCCUGCCAGGAGGGAGCCAGAACUUCUGCGGACAGCCGCCGUCUUACUCGGGACAGCCGUACUCAAGGCUCGACAUGCAUUUCAGGAGCUUGGAUAACACUUUUGGAGCUCAGGGUCAGACCCCAGCUCACUUCGGUUUGGACUGCGUGGGAAAAGGGGUCCCACUAGGUGCGGAAAGCAUGGGGAGUCCCCCUCAGUUCUCGCUCCCUGUGCAGCAGGCACAGGACUAUCCGCACCUGAAGAAAUCUUUCCCUGAAAACUAUUACUCAGAUGCGGAUGUUUUCCAGACUUGUAUAGAAGAUCACCAGUACCUGGCAGCUAAAGAGAACAUGUACAGGAGGCCUCUCUUUAACUACAUCAGUGCUAACCAGGGCCUGGGUGUUGAGAACUAUUCAUGUAUCAAGUCAAACACUUCUCCCUUUGCAAAGGGCUUUGCUUUCAGUUAUGGUGAAGGGGAACCUAAGCUUGAGCCGGAGCAGAUGAGGCACAGUUCACCUCUGCUUGAGGCUAGUAAUGCUAGUCCUCCUUUGAUACUUCCAAAACAUGAAGGGGGGUAUCAAGGGACACUUGCCACUCCAGCCACAUCAUAUGGGCAGCAGGUGCUGGAGACAGUAAAUGACUACAACUCUCAUUGGCUGGGGAUGAGAAAUGAAAUUUUGGGAACAGGGUUAGAUUCGCUGUUUGAGAAUGAGCAAAAUGCAGAGCAAGGUGAGCAAAAAAGUUUCCUUUUUGCUUUUGGUAGCCAGAGUUCAACCUGUCAUUUGAGUCACACAUGAAACUGGCAUGCUUGCCUGAUGAAGAAUUAAUGUGAUUUUUUGUUCAAUUGGCAGUGUUGUCCUAAGUGACUAGAGGUUUUGCAGGUCUAAGUGUGGAGUGCUUGCUCUGAGUUUUGUGCCCUGUCUGGAAGGGAAAGAAAGAUAAGCCACAUAAGUAAGGGCUACAGGAGAAUAAACUGCCAAAUGUGUCCCAUCCCAGGGGAACUGUCACUAAGCUGCUUGCAGUAUUCCUGCACAUUUGGUUAUUGGCAGCCUCAUGUUAACUUGCAUGCACAGACUGAUCUUCACAAGUACGUCAAUACUGAAGAUUUUUCUGUGUUCAGACUGUGCUGGAUUAAUUCUGCCAGGAGGAUUGGGACUAUGGUGUUGCUUUUGUGGCCUUACUGCACUGAGUUUUGUUUCUAUUCUGGUCAUAAUUCACUUACUCUAACUUAAGAAAUCUGUAGAAAACAGACUUAUUUAUAGCUUUUAGUGGAGAAAGCAUUAACACGAGAAGGGGACAAGCAUGGGAGAAACAGCAUUGGUGGUGGCAGGGGAUGGCUCACUGGGUGUGUUUGCAUUUUAGGUGUGCUCCUGAUAGAGAACACAGAUGUUUUUUCCUGGAUACUUAAUGUGUAGUGUUUUCAUUUAAAAAUGACCACACGUGUAGCCUUUUAAAGGGCAAUAUUUUUGUGACUUCCUUUUGUAUAAUUUGUUUGCAGGUUGUAUUCUUUUUUUUUUCUUGGUUGUUUUCAAAUUGUAAUUUUCUAUUUGCCAAAUGAAGGUUUUCUACCUUCAUGAACUUGUAGCAUUGCACUCAGAGGAAAGAAAAAAAAUUAAUUUCAUCUUUGCAUUUGCACAUUGAGCCUGGUUUUAGAACUCUCAAGAUCCAUGGCUGUCUAGAAGACCACUGUAAUCAUGGAAGUGUUCUUCAUAUGUGUCUCGGGAGACUGCCAUGUUUACAUGUUAAAGCAAUAUCAGACCUACAAUGCUGAAAACUCUACAGUAAAUCCUUUUUUUGUGUUUAAAACGUGGCUCUUUUAUAUUUUAAGUAUGCCUAGAUCUAAAUACAUAUGUUAUUAACUUAAUUACUUUGUUUAUAGAACAAAAGAAACAAUCAAAAUAAAACUUAACCACAGACCGUUAUUUUAUUAAUAAAGUUGAUAUCCCUGAA